UGUCUGUCUCUCUCUCUCUCUUCAACAGAAGAAGGGAAAUACUUCACUCUAGCGAAUCGGUUAUCUGUCAUCUUAUUUGUUCAAUCGCCGGCGGCGCUGCGGGCUAGCUCCUGGAGUUGAAUCUUGUAGUCAGUCCACAUCGAUUGAGGUUUUCAACAGGAAUCAUCAAAGCUAGCUACAAUUCUAUUGCUGAACAAAAUGUUGGAAGGUCAAAAUUUUAAUGGAUUGCCUGAUCUAAAUAAUGAUAACAACCAUGACCAUUAUGAUCUUCCUGAGCGGUUUUACCACAAACUUGGUGAAGGGUCGAACAUGUCCAUCGACAGUUUUGCUAACUUGCAGAUGGCCAACUUUGGGGGUUCUGCUGCAAUGUCAGUAGAUAAUAGUAGUGUUGGGUCAAAUGGUUCAAAUACCCGCAUGUUAAACCACCAAGGAUUGAAACGUGUAAAAAACUAUACUGUUGCACAGAGUGUUAAUCGCGGUAAAGUCUCUCAUGCCCUAAGUGAUGAUGCCCUAGCCCAAGCUUUAAUGGAUCCUCGUUUCCCUACUGAGGGACUUCAAAAUUUUGAAGAAUGGACAAUAGACUUGAGGAUGCUGAAUAUAGGAUCAGCUUUUGCACAGGGAGCUUUUGGGAAGCUGUAUAAAGGAACUUACGACGGUGAAGAUGUUGCUAUUAAGCUUUUGGAGAAGCCAAAUAGUAAUAUAGAGACAGCGCAGUUUAUGGAACAGCAGUUUCAGCAGGAGGUUAUGAUGCUGGCUACUUUAAAGCAUCCGAAUAUUGUUCGUUUUAUUGGGGCAUGUCGUAAGCCAAUGGUGUGGUGCAUUGUAACUGAAUAUGCGAAAGGAGGUUCAGUUCGGCAGUUCUUAACAAAGAGACAGAAUCGAUCAGUGCCUUUGAAGGUGGCGGUUAAGCAGGCUUUGGAUGUUGCUAGGGGAAUGGCGUAUGUGCAUGGACUUGGAUUGAUCCAUAGAGAUCUGAAAUCUGACAAUCUUCUGAUUUCUUCUGACAAAUCGAUCAAGAUUGCAGAUUUCGGUGUUGCUCGAAUCGAGGUGCAAACUGAAGGAAUGACACCUGAAACUGGGACAUACCGUUGGAUGGCCCCGGAGAUGAUCCAGCACAGACCAUACUCACAGAAAGUAGAUGUUUAUAGCUUUGGGAUUGUCCUAUGGGAACUCUUAACCGGGAUGCAACCUUUCCAGAACAUGACAGCUGUCCAGGCAGCAUUUGCAGUUGUUAAUAAAGGUUUUCGGCCCCAUAUUCCAAAUGAUUGCCUUCCUGUUCUUCGUGAGAUCAUGACCCGCUGCUGGGAUGCAGAUUCGGAUGUUAGACCUCCAUUUUCAGAUGUUGUCAAGAUGCUUGAACAUGCGGAGAUGGAAAUUUUAACAACUGUUAGGAAAGCCCGUUUCAGAUGCUGCAUGAGCCAGCCGAUGACCAUGGAUUGAUUUUUCGAAUUGGUUUUAUUUUGGAUUAUUAUUAUCAUUUAGAGUACAGGAAAGUUUGGUGGUGAUGACAGCUGAAUUGGGAUUUUCUUUUUUAUCUUUGAACUGUUAUAUUUUCUUUGGUUACUCUUUAAACUGGUGAUGGGACUAAUGGUGGUUGGUGGGAAAUAGAAGGAGAUUUGAUGUGUAAUUAAAUUAUACAUGAACUUCUAUGGUUAUGUUAAAACUUGUCAUAUUUGACAAUCUCAAGUUUCCUAAAUUCCUUUUAUUAAUUGUCAUAUCUAUCUU